AUUUCACCUUUUCUAAUUCCAUAUCUACUACCCAAAGCUUCUUGCUUUUCUCACUUCUCUAUCAAAUUGUGCACCAAAGUUCUAAACUUUACGCUUCAAGAUGUCCUAUUUGUUCAAAUGCUGUUCUGGGUUUCUGGUUAUGGCUGCGUUUUUGGUUCUGGGUUCGAUCAAUGUCUACGCUUUUGGGUCUCCGUCUUCUUCAGAGACCACUAUGCACACUAACAAUUGGGCUGUUCUUGUCUGCACCUCUCGCUUCUGGUUUAAUUAUCGACACAUGGCCAAUACUCUAUCCCUGUACAGGACGGUUAAGCGACUUGGAAUACCUGAUGAGAGGAUAAUACUUAUGCUGGCAGAUGACAUGGCCUGUAAUGCUAGAAAUAAGUACCCUGCCCAAGUUUUCAAUAAUGAAAACCACAAACUGAACUUGUAUGGAGAUAAUGUUGAGGUAGAUUAUCGAGGUUAUGAAGUGACUGUUGAAAAUUUUCUACGUGUAUUAACUGGGCGCCAUGAAACUGCUGUUCCAAGAUCUAAGCGUCUUUUAAGUGAUGAAGGAAGCCACAUUCUCUUGUAUAUGACUGGGCAUGGAGGAGAUGAGUUUUUAAAAUUUCAAGACUCAGAAGAGCUCCAGAGUCAUGAUUUAGCUGAUGCUGUGAAACAAAUGAAAGAAAAGCGUAGGUUCAAGGAGCUGCUGAUAAUGGUGGACACUUGCCAAGCUGCCACUCUCUUCUCUCAGCUUCAAUCACCGGGUGUUUUGGCUAUUGGAAGUAGCCUGAAAGGAGAAAAUUCGUACUCGCAUCACUUGGACUCGGAUGUUGGUGUCUCUGUUGUGGAUCGUUUUACAUUUUACACACUUGCAUUCUUUGAGAAGCUAAAUAUGUAUGCCAAUGCAUCCGUGAGCAGUCUUUUUAAUUCGUAUCACCCAAGCUUCUUGAUGUCAACUGCAUAUUAUCGAACAGAUCUAUACCAGCGUCACCUUGAAGAGGUACCUGUGACAAACUUCUUUGGAUCAGUCAUGGAAACCAUACACACUGAUUCAGCCUAUAAAGCCCUUUCAAGGAAAAGUUGCCGCAGAGCUGAAAUCAAUACGCCCUCUGAUCAAUCCGCUGAUGGUGAUGAAAGAACUUUGGCAGAUUCAAAUGGUCAGGAUCAAUUCAGUGAUUUGAAGAAAGAGGAUGAACAAAGUGCUUUCAGACAUUUGUGGAACACUUUCAAUGACAAAGUCAGAAAAAUUGAAGAUGCGGAUUCAUUUGUGCAGUAUGGUUUGCUAGCCAUGCUUCCACUAUUGCUACUUCCCACAUGGUUAUCGCAGUGAAAGUUGGCUUUGAGAAGUGAGAGAGACUGAGAAAUAGAAUCUGUUGAUAAGUUAAAUGGUGAUGUAGUUUUUGUUCAUCUUUAGUCUGUUAAUUUUUCGGAUUCAAGCCAUCCAGCGCUAGGUGACCGCAUAAUGGCAAAAUGAGGUUAUAUUAGGAUAGGUACACGAGUCCAAUCCCUUUCGAAUAUCAAUGUAACAUUGUGUUCUAAUUGAACUGUGAUAUGAAUAUUUUAGUUGUGAAGCUCCAUGGAUCAAGACGCCUGAAUAUACUGAACACCGGAGCUUGUUAGAUUUGUACUAAAAUUACUUGCUAUUCUCAG